AUGACGCUCAUGAAGUUUUCACAUCUUUCUUUUCUGUUUGCUGGCUUGGUCGCGGCUCAGAUUCAAUCUGCUCAAUUCAAUCAGGUCAUCAACCUGAAUGGGGAUAUGCAACUGAACAGCUUAGUGUUCCCCGACAACUCCAAGAUUGAGACAUUCUCGCAGACGCAACGCCAAGUCAUCGUCAAUCAGAACCCCAACCCUCUCCCGGCAAGCCAUGUCGUCGGUUCAACGGGACAGCCUUUCGUUCAACUCUCGCGCAACUCCUUCACUAUUCAAACCAAUGGAGCCACCGACCUAGUGGGCGCCCAGAUCGAGUUGCCCAUUGACCAGAACAUGCUGUCGCAGGCGGGCGUUACAGCCGACAACACCUUCGUUGCGAUGCUUUCGAGGGACCGUCAGGCGUGGAUCAUCAUGGAGGGAGCCAAGAGCGUCAACAUCACCGACGCCACCGUCCGCAUGGUCAAGCUGAACCAGAUUGAUGGAGAGUACGUCGCGGUCGGCCGCCAAACGAGCGAACUUGGUGUCUCAUUGACUCCCUUCGGCACGCCCGUCAACAUCGCUGGAUCUGGCAUCCAAGAAGCUGAAUUCAACGACGGUUUCCGCAUGUCCAUCAGAGCUAGCCAGCCCAUGAGCAUCCGCACGGAUGUCGUCAAUGGCAUCAGCACUGACAUGGUCACCAACGGCAUCAUGUCCAUUAACAACUACCGCUAUCUCGUCACCAGCAACUUGGCUGGUGUUGUUCCCAGCCUCAACAGCAUGACGGCCGUUGUCCAGAUGCCGCUCAACGUUGAUCGACUCAUGGCGAUGGCCAUGCGCGCAGGUGCCCAGCCCCAGUCCUCCAUCACGCUCGGAAUUGCCCAACGCCCGGUUCUCCAGAACCCCGGCGGUGCGACUGGUGGUCUGCAGGCUCCUCGUUUCAAGCGUCAGGAACCCAACAACGGCACUGCGACUGAGCAGCCUCCCGCGACGGGUAAUGGCAACGGCAACGGCAAUGGCAACACUUCUGGCAAUGGUGCUGGAGCUGCCGCCGGUGCCGCUCCCGCCGUUGGACCCAAUAACGGAAACAAUGGCAACAACGGUAACAACGGUAACAACGGCAACAAUGGAAACAACAACGGAGGAAACUCGCAGAACCAGCCUCAAAACGGACAGCAGCCGCAGCCCGUCGGUCCUGCGAUCCCGGCCGCGACCCAGCUCCUUUUGGCUCAAACCUUCAGCCCGAUCAACGCCCAGGUCCUCCUUGAUAGAGAGAACGCUCGUAUUGCCGUUCCUGUCAACCAGAUUGACGGCGAGUUUAUCCUUACCAUGAUGGUUGCCGGCACUCCCGUUGGCACCCAGCCUCAGCCCGCACCUCAACAAGGCGCUCAGCCCGGUCAGCAGCCCCAGCAGGGCCAGCCUCGGCCUCAGCAGGGUGGAGGAGGUCUUGUCCAGCCUGCCCCUCAACAGGGAGGCGGCGGCAUCACCGGUGCCCAGCCUGGACAGGCCCAGCCCGGAAUCGCACCCGCAGGCGUUCCCAGACCCGCUAAUGCCCCGAAGCCCGCCGGCGCGCCUGGCCGCCCUGCACGCAGACAAGAGCCCGCGGCACCUCCGGCCGCUGCCCCGUUCCCCAUGGGACAAGGUUUCGAGAUGAAGAUGGCUGACCUCAUGGCCAUGGCUGAGUCGAAGAAGAACGGUGGCGUCAUGGCCACGUGGGAGAUGAUGACCAACUUUGCUGCGCAGCAGAAGCCGGUGGAGCAGAAGAGGUCUGAGAUCAUGAGACGGAGGUCGUUCCCGGUGAGACGACGUCUGGGACAGCAUUUCUAG